CGGGGCUCACCACGAUCAACAUCAUGAAACUUGUGAUAUUUUGUAUGGGGUUGACCCUCCUAGCGGCCUCCACCUACGCCGAGGUCAGCUCCUUCUCCACCUCUUCUAUCGGGAGUGGAGGUUACGACUCAUCAGGUGGAGGUGGCUUCAUUGGUGGAGGUGGAGGCUUCGGUGGAGGUGGAGUCUUCGGUGGAGGAAGUAGCUUCGGGUCCUUCGGUGGUGGAGGUUUCGGUGGAGGUAGUGGAGGAGGUUACGGGUCGUCUGGAGGUUACAGUGGAGCCACAUCCCACGUCAGCUUUAAUCUCGGGGCUCCCCAGCGUGGGUAUGGAGGUUCAUCUGAUGGCGGUUACAACAGCGGCUCCUCCAUUGGCGGUUUCAGUGGUGGUUCCCUCGGCGGCUAUGGAGGUAGCUCAGGUGGCGGUUACGGAGGCAGUUCCUCCUUUGACGGCGGCUUCGGUGGUGCCUCCAUUGGCGGGGGCGGCUAUGAUAGCGGGUUCAUUGGAGGCGGCUUCGGAGGCGGCUCUAUCGGCGGGGGCGGCUAUGAUGGCGGCUCCAUUGGCAGUGACUUCGAUGGUGGCUCUUUUGGAGGCAGCAGUAGUUAUAACAGCGGAUCCUUUGGUGGCGGCAGCGGCGGUUUUGGAGGCGGCAGCUCAGGAUAUGGAAAAUAAUGUUAGUGAUGUACUCGCAAGAGGACAACAGUGACGCUGGAAGCCGAACUUGGUGUAUCCUAGACAUAAACAAAAAUAAGUUACAUAUUCCAGGUUACAGUAUGUGCUUCUAGAGGUACCCAUAGUACACCUUCAUCCUGCACAACCUCUAUAACAAUAGCAUCUAACAGAACACACUGACGAUAUGAAAACUCACAGAUCACUUCGAUAACUGUAUUAUUGUCAGGUUUUAUUGAUUUUAUUUACUUAAGGUAGUAGGUAAUAGGCAGCUACCAAACAGGGAGGUACUACUGCCUGGGAAGA